AUGGGGGUCAAAGUUAAUAAAUCUACAAUUACUCAGAUCCUUCAAGCCAAGGAAAAACGACUUGCUGAUGAACAUCAGACCAUCUUAAGCGAUGCUUUGUUAAUCGAGAAAGCUAAAAUGCUAGCAAACGAACUUGGAGUCCCUGAGGAUAAGUUGUAG